AUGUCCGACGAAGAGCCUUCCUCCAUGGACUUCAUGUCCGAUGGCGACGAAGAGUCGGCCACUUCCAGCGAAUCCAUACCGCAACGUCUCGACAGCGCUUCGCUUUUUGCCAGCAGUCCGCCCGGCGUAAACAACGGCCUCCCGUACUCCGCCAAAGGCCGGCAUCUCAGCAUCGGUAACCUUCCGAAGACACAUACCGACGUCCACGUCGGCAAGUGCAUGCGCAACAACAACAACAUGCCGCACCAGGACAGCAGCUCUUCUUCCACGCGCCGCCCACAGACGAAGUUCGAGGACAAGGACGACGACGACGACGACCCCAAAACCGCACUCGCCGAGCUGUGGGGCCGCGACGUCGAGGCAUGGCUCCCGCCCGACCUCCCUUACCCCCGCGAACUCAUGCGCCUCGACCGGCUGCACACCUGGCCCCCGGACGUCGUCUCCGCGCUGGCCGAGCUGGCAAAGCUCGUCGGCAGCGACGCGGAGCUGCGCGCCGAGGCGCUGGACCACGUGGCGACGGCCGUCGCGGUGCGCAGGGCCAUGGCGCACAAGAUGAAGACCGGCGGCGAGUUCGUCGUCUGCACCGAUGUCGAGUACGCCAUUUCGCAGAUGAUGGUGGACGUGGAUGAGGAGGAUGACGAUGCGAUGGUCCGGACUGCUACGCCGCCGAAGUGCUCCUCCUUCUCCGGCGCUUCCCAUGCGCAGAGCGGUACGGACAACAACAAGUACGAGCACCAGCUGCCCGCCCAGCAGGAGCUCAGGUGGGUCAACAACAACUGGGAGGGCAAUCUGAAUCAAGCGCGCCCAACCAAGAAGAGGAGAUACGACCCGGAGCUGGGCUCAGAGGAGGGGAGCGUCUGCUCCGACGGCGAGAUCCCCGACGGCGUCGACUUCGACUCGUUCCGCCUGCAGAAGAGGAACGCCGCACUUAAGACCAGGGUCGCGGAGUUGAAGGGGGAGAAUCGGGAGGUACGGAGGGAGCUGGAUGGCGAGAAGAUGAGGAGGGAGGACGCUGAGCGCUUUAUUGGCAUGACGAGGACUUCGAUAUCCAGGUACCUCGGAGAGCCGAAGCGGGGGGAUCCGGAGAAGUACUUGUCAGACACGAGGAACUCGAUGACUUCUUACUUGUCAGAGGCAAAGAAGAGGUAG